AUAGCUCCAAACACAAAUGUUUGUCGUUUUUGCCAGCUUUUUUUUUGCAUUAUGCUUCAACAACAACAUUCGAAUAAUUUUAAUUGAAUUCAAUAGAGCAAAAAAACGAUUCGACAAACACAAAAAAAAACAGCCAAAGAAAAAAAAACGUAUUGUUUUACGUCAAUUUCAAGUGUAAAAUGAAAAAAAAAAUGAAGAGAAUCGAAUGAAUUUGUGGUGACCGAUGGCCAAAUUCAGCGAUGGCAAAUGCACAUUUUUUAAUAGUCAAUCUAGGUCUACAAUAUUUGAUACCAUUGAGUAUAAUUGCAUUAUUUUAUAUAUUAAUAUUGAAAAAAAUUGCCGAACGUAAAUUACCAAAAUUGGCUAGACAUUUACCAUCCAAUGUUAAAGAUGGUAAUCGACAAUCAUCAUUGGUUAUUGAACGGUCAAAAGUUAAAGUAUUCAAAAUGCUUAUAGUUCUUGUAUUGUUAUUUGCAUUAAGCUGGUUACCAUUAUAUGUGAUAUUUUUUAUAUUAAAAAUUGGACCACAUUCAGAUGAUCAAUCAAUUUUGAUGCAAAUAUUACAGGAUUCAGUACCAAUAGCACAAUGGCUUGGUGCAUCGAAUAGUUGUGUGAAUCCGAUAUUGUAUUUUUUCUUUAAUGCAAAAUUUCGUUCAUAUUAUCGUAGUACGUGGCUUAAAACAUUUAAUUGCCUUUCAAUUAUACGUUAUCGUCAUCCACGUGCUGGAAGUGGUAGCAGUAUUAAUAGUGGUGGUGGUGGUGGUGGUGGUUGCGGUGGAAAUUGCAGCAAUAGUAACAAUAAUUUUUAUCAUUAUCAUCUACAACAACAACAACAUAAUCAACAUUCAAAUAAUCAAAUGAUAAAUUUAAAUGUUAAUAAACAAUCAUUUCAACCAAAUAUUACAAAUGCACAGAAUCGUCAACAUAAAAAUCGAUUACAAUCACAAUUAUCAGACAAUACUGGUAUAGUGGAACAACAGGAUGCAAGCUUAUCAGGAUCAUCAACAAUUAUUAUGCGUGAUGAUAAUCAUAAACAACAACAACAACAACAACGACAACAAUCAACAUCAUCAUCAAUAUCAACAUCAAAUAAUUCAACAGCAAUAGUUGCCACAACUGAAGAAAUAGCAGCAGUCACAGCUGUUUAAAUCUUGUUGAUUAUC